AGAUCACCAUCUCUCUCUCUCUCUCUCUCUCUCUCUCUCUCUCUCUCUCUCUCUCUCUCUCUCAUUUCACUCAAAGAUUAAUUGUUUGUUCGACAAAAUCAGAAUGGGGUUGUCGAUAGACACCACCUCCGCCGGUGAACACUCCCACCCCCACACCCACAAGGUCUUCCUCCUGACCAACUACAUCCUCCUCGGCGCCGCCUCCAGCUGCAUCUUCCUAACCCUCUCCCUCCGCCUCUUCCCCUCUCUCAUCGGCUUCCUCUUCAUCCUCCUCCAAAUCAUCACCAUCGUCGGCGCCGUCUCAGGUUGCGCUGCAGCAUCACGAGCCGCCACCUCCGCCGGUAAAUUCUACGGCGCGCACAUGGUAGCGACGGUGCUGACCGCCAUCUUCCAGGGCUCGGUUUCUGUGCUGAUCUACACGCGGCCGUCGGAUUUCCUCGGCCACCUGAAAUCGUACGUGAGGGAGGAGGACGGCGUGGUGAUCCUGAAGCUUGCCGGAGGACUGUGCAUUCUGAUAUUCUGCCUGGAGUGGGUGGUGCUCACAUUGGCCUUCUUCCUCAACUACUACGCGUAUGUGGAGAGGAGGGGCGUAAAUGGAAAUAACAUAAAUUAUGGGGUGAAAAGUGGAAAAGUUCAAGAUGAGGAGGAUCUGAAGAGCUGGCCAUGGCCUUUUCAGGUCUAAUUGUAAUUUUUAGUUUUGGUAUUCUUGAAAUUAUUUGAUUAAUUUUGAAUUUGUGUUGGUAAUGUAAUUAGCGAUGGAGGUUUAUCGCUGCAAUUCAAAAGUAGAAUAAGAUUAUCUUGUCUACGUCUACCAA